GAGAAGCAAGUACGUAGCGAGAGAGACACCCACAAUUGUGCUUGUUUGGUCAAAAGCCCACCAUUUCUUUAUCUGACAGCUCUCCUCACCUUUUCUACGAGUUCUUUAAUGGUUUCCAAUACCUAACAAACAAACCCAUCUUCUUCCCCCUCCCUCUUUUUUCUCUCAACUUGCUUCUUCUUUCUUCUUCAACAUCAAAUGGGCACUUCACAAAUCUUCAUUUCCUUGAAGGGCUUUGCUGGCUCUUAGUAAUAUCACAUACCCCCCCCCCCUCUCUAAUUGUCUUCAAGCUUUGUGGAAGUUUCUUCUCCUCUUACUGACAUGGGGGUCCAAGCUUUGUGGGUUGCGUUUCUUGUUCUUGGAUUCUUGAUGUUCCAAGCUCACGUCUUGCAAUCACAGAACCUAGCAUGCAACCAGAAUGACUUGAGCGCAUUACAGGAGUUUAUGAGAGGCUUACAAUCACCAAUUCAAGGUUGGGGUACUACCAAUUCAUCAUCCUCUGAUUGCUGCAACUGGUCAGGCAUCACUUGCUACUCCUCCUCUUCACUUGGUGUAGUAAAUGAUUCUGUCAAUUCUGGCAGAGUGACAAAAUUAGAGCUUGUAAGGCAAAGACUGACUGGCAAACUUGUGGAAUCAGUAGGCAGUUUGGAUCAGCUUAGAACCCUCAAUCUCUCCCACAAUUUCCUCAAAGAUUCACUUCCUUUCUCAUUGUUUCACUUGCCAAAACUAGAGGUUCUAGACUUGAGUUCCAAUGACUUUUCUGGCUCUAUCCCACAAAGCAUCAAUCUUCCCUCCAUCAAAUUCCUUGACAUUUCCUCAAAUUCUUUAAGUGGCUCGCUCCCUACACAUAUUUGCCAAAACUCUUCAAGAAUUCAGGUUCUUGUUUUGGCUGUUAACUACUUCUCUGGUAUUCUUUCACCCGGGCUAGGGAAUUGCACCACCUUGGAGCACCUCUGUCUUGGAAUGAAUGAUCUCAUUGGUGGUAUAAGUGAGGACAUCUUUCAGCUGCAAAAACUGAAGCUUUUGGGUCUCCAAGAUAACAAGCUUUCGGGGAAUUUGAGUACUGGUAUUGGUAAACUCCUUAGCCUUGAACGUCUAGACAUUUCCUCUAAUAAUUUUUCGGGUACCAUUCCAGAUGUUUUUCGCAGCCUAUCAAAGUUAAAGUUUUUCUUAGGCCAUUCUAAUUAUUUUGUUGGUAGAAUACCCAUCUCCUUGGCAAAUUCUCCCUCUCUCAAUCUGCUUAAUUUGAGAAAUAAUUCAUUUGGAGGCAUUAUUGAACUGAAUUGUUCUGCCAUGACUAAUUUGUCAUCUCUUGAUUUAGCUACUAAUAGUUUUAGUGGGAAUGUGCCUUCUUAUCUUCCUGCUUGUAAGAAUUUGAGGAAUAUUAAUCUUGCCAAGAACAAAUUCACCGGCAAAAUCCCCGAAAGCUUCAAGAAUUUUCAAGGCCUUUCCUACCUUUCCCUCUCAAAUUGCAGCAUUACCAAUCUUUCAUCUACCCUUCGAAUCCUGCAGCAGUGCAAGAGUUUAACGGCUCUGGUCCUCACCUUGAAUUUCCAAGGUGAAGCAUUGCCUGCUGAUCCUACGCUUCAUUUUGAGAACUUGAAGGUUCUUGUUAUUGCUAAUUGUAGACUCACAGGAUCUAUACCCCAAUGGUUGAGCAACAGCUCAAAAUUGCAGUUGGUGGAUUUGUCAUGGAACAACUUGAGUGGAAAUAUUCCUUCCUGGUUUGGUGGUUUUGUAAAUCUCUUUUACUUGGACUUAUCAAACAAUUCAUUUACUGGUGAGAUUCCAAGGAACUUGACUGAAUUGCCAAGCCUCAUCAGCAGGAGUAUCUCAAUUGAGGAGCCUUCACCGUAUUUCCCAUUAUUCAUGAGAAGGAAUGAAAGUGGGAGGGGGUUACAGUAUAAUCAGGUUCGGAGCUUUCCACCUACUUUGGCACUUAGUGACAACUUCCUUACUGGACCAAUUUGGCCGGAGUUCGGUAAUCUGACAAAGCUCCAUAUUUUUGAGUUGAAGUCGAACUUUUUGUCCGGAACUAUACCUGGUGAAUUAUCGGGGAUGACCAGCUUGGAGACUUUGGAUUUGUCCCAUAACAAUCUUUCAGGGGUCAUACCCUGGUCCUUGGUAGAUCUCAGCUUUCUGUCCAAGUUCAGUGUUGCCUACAAUCAACUACGUGGGAAGAUCCCUACUGGAGGUCAGUUUAUGACUUUCCCAAACUCAAGCUUCGAAGGGAAUCAUCUUUGUGGCGACCAUGGUACCCCUCCUUGCCCAAAAUCUGACGGACUUCCACUUGAUUCGCCCAGAAAAUCAAGAAGAAACAAAUAUGUUAUUAUCGGAAUGGCUGUUGGCAUUGUUUUUGGUGCAGCUUCCCUUCUUGUCAUAAUUGUGCUGAGAGCACACAGCCGGGGGUUGAUCUUGAAAAGGUGGAUGCUGACACAUGAUAAAGAAGCAGAAGAACUCGAUCCAAGGCUAAUGGUUCUGCUGCAAAGUACGGAGAACUAUAAGGAUCUCUCCCUGGAGGAUCUAUUGAAAUCCACCAACAAUUUUGACCAGGCAAAUAUCAUUGGCUGUGGGGGUUUCGGUAUAGUUUACAGAGCUACCCUCCCUGAUGGUAGAAAGCUUGCAAUCAAACGUCUCUCUGGUGACUCCGGUCAGAUGGACAGGGAAUUCCGUGCUGAAGUAGAAGCCCUGUCAAGAGCUCAGCAUCCAAAUCUCGUGCAUCUCCAAGGUUAUUGCAUGUUCAAAAAUGACAAACUCUUGGUAUACCCUUACAUGGAAAACAGCAGUUUGGAUUAUUGGUUACAUGAAAAAAUCGAUGGGCCAUCCUCACUAGAUUGGGAUUCAAGGCUUCAAAUUGCUCGAGGGGCUGCAAGGGGGCUUGCAUAUUUGCAUCAAGCAUGCGAGCCACAUAUCCUUCACCGGGAUAUAAAGUCCAGCAAUAUCCUUUUAGACAAGAAUUUUAAAGCUUAUUUAGCGGAUUUUGGUCUUGCACGGCUCAUGCUACCUUACGAUACCCAUGUCACAACUGAUCUUGUGGGGACAUUAGGCUACAUUCCCCCUGAAUACGGCCAAGCUGCAGUUGCUACCUACAAGGGGGAUGUGUACAGUUUUGGGGUGGUUAUUUUGGAGCUUCUUACUGGGAGAAGGCCUAUGGAUAUGUGCAAACCAAAAGGAUCGCAGGAUUUGAUCUCUUGGGUGAUUCAGAUGAAGAAGGAAAAUAGAGAAAGCGAGGUGUUUGAUCCAUUCAUUUAUGACAAGCAGAAUGAGAAGGAACUGCUACGAGCACUCCAGAUUGCAUGCCUUUGCUUAAGCGAACACCCAAAACUAAGGCCCUCAACAGAGCAGCUAGUUUCUUGGCUUGAUAGCAUCGACACCGACACCAACACCAACACCUAGCUUUCCUACGUAUUACCUGGAGACUCUGGUUUGUACAGCUAGAGAUAUUCCUUGUAUACAAUUUAGAAAGUCCAUUUCAACCUAUUAUCGUUGUGUUUGCUGUAUGAGUUGAUCCUGCUGUAAAUAGUACCCACAGGCUUGGGUUCUCAGAGUUUGCUGCUCUCCAGAGCGGAGGAGAGAAAGGGAUCUAAUCAGGCGAGGAAAAGUAGCUGUGUUACAAGUCUUUACAUCGGAAAUUAGUUCUCUGUAGAGAAAAUUGUUAAUUCUCAGACAUGCACAAAAUAAAGUUUUAUACAUGCAAAUUAUCAUGGUUAAUCA